CAAUCAAGGAGUCUUACGAUUGGCCACUAACCUUUGCCCCGUUGCCGCGAGGGCGCGCGGGAAAUCCCCUGUGCGCCUGAAAACGGCUGACUAUUAGGACUAUGGCCACUUCUUCGGUGUCCAAGGGCUGUUUUGUGUUUAAACCACACUUCAAGAAGAGAAAGCUCUCUGUGCCAGUAGAGAACUAUUUUAACAAAGGGAAAAAUGAGACUGAGGAUAGUAAACUUCGAUUUGAAACUUAUCAUUUGAUGUGGCAACAGAUGAAAUGUGAAACUGAGCAACUACAGGAGGAAUUAAAUAAAAACUUGUUUGACAGUCUAAUUGAAUUUCUGCAGAAGUCUCAUUCUGGAUUCCAGAAUUCUAGAGACUGGGGUUGUCAAAUAAAACUCCAAGAAAUUCCAACUGCUGCUCUUGUUCUUGGUGUGAAUGUCACAGAUCAUGAUUUAAUAUUCAGAAGUCUAACAGAGGCCCUUCAGAAUAAUGUCACACCAUAUGUAGUCUCAUUGCAAGCUAAAGAUUGUCCAGAUCUGAAACAUUUUUUGCAAAAGUUGGUCUCCCAGUUGGAUUGCCGUGUAGAUGUAAAACCCAAAGAGGAGGAAAGUGUUCAGUUCACCCUGAAAAAGACACAGUGUUCAAUGGACUUGCUUUCCAGUUGGUAUAUGACUGUCACACAGAAGACAGGUCCAAAAAUGCCAAGCAAAAAGAGGACUACUUCUAGUCACUGGCAGUCUCCUCCUGUUGUGCUUAUCCUAAAGGAUUUGGAAAGCUUCACUACAAAAGUACUCCAAGACUUCAUAAUUAUCAGCAGUCAACACCUGUAUGAAUUUCCACUAAUACUCAUUUUUGGAAUUGCCACAUCUCCUAUUAUCAUCCACCGAUUGCUUCCUCAUGCAGUAUCAUCUCUAUUGUGUAUAGAACUGUUCCAUUCUUUGUCUUGCAAGGAGCACCUGAAUACCAUACUUGAUAAGCUACUUCUUACAAUGCAGUUUCCCUUCAAAAUAAGUGAAAAAGUGUUACAGGUUCUGACCAACAUCUUCUUAUAUCAUGAUUUCUCAAUUCAGAACUUUAUAAAAGGACUUCAGCUUUCUCUACUGGAGCAUUUUUAUUCACAGCCCUUAAGUGUUCUGUGCUGCAAUAUUCCAGAAGCCAAGAGAAGAAUAAAUUUUUUAUCAGUUAAUCAAUGUGAAAACAUCCGACGUCUGCCAUCGUUUAGGAGGUACGUGGAAAAGCAAGCUUCAGAAAAGCAAGUUGCGCUAUUGACCAAUGAGAAAUUUUUGAAGGAGGAAACGCAAUCACUACUAGAAAACCUGUACAUUUACCAUAUAAAUUACUUCUUGGUUUUGAGAUGUCUUCAUCAUUUCACCUCUUCUCUUCCCAAGUACCCACUGGGCCGACAGAUCAGAGAGUUGUACUGCACAUGUUUAGAAAAGAACAUAUGGGAUUCAGAAGAGUAUGCAUCUGCCUUGCAGUUGUUGAGGAUGUUGGCAAAGGAUGAACUGAUGACCAUACUCCAGAAAUGUUUCAAGGUUUUUAAUUCCUCUUCUGAAAAGCAGCUUGGCAGCACAGCAAAGAGAAUAGAGGAGUUCCUGGCUGAGUUUCAGAGCCUCGAUGUGGAAGCCAAAGAAGAAGAAGAAGCUUCUGGGUCACAGCCAAAGGGCCUACAGAAGACAGAUCUCUAUCAUCUGCAGAAGUCCUUAUUGGAAAUGAAGGAGUUAAGAAGAACAAGUAAGAAGCAAACCAAGUUUGAAGUACUCAGAGAGAGAGUUGUAAACUUCAUUGACUAUCUGGUGAGAAAAUACCUUCUGCCUCCCGAGACUCAGCCUCUGCAAGAGGUGCUGUACUUCGGUGCUGCCCACACCCUUCGUGAGCACUUAAAUGCUGCUCCGCGAAUCGCCCUCCACACUGCACUCAACAAUCCUUACUAUUAUCUGAAGAAUGAAGCCCUGAAAAGUGAAGAAGGCUGCAUUCCAAAUAUCGCUCCUGACAUCUGCAUAGCAUACAAACUGCACCUGGAGUGUAGCAGGCUAAUCAACCUUGUAGACUGGUCAGAGGCUUUUGCAACAGUUGUGACAGCUGCUGAAAAAAUAGAUGCAAAUUCUGCAACUUCAGAAGAAAUGAAUGAAAUUAUCCACGCUCGGUUUAUUAGAGCUGUUUCUGAACUAGAACUUUUAGGCUUCAUAAAACCUACCAAACAGAAGACUGACCAUGUGGCAAGGCUAACAUGGGGAGGCUGCUAGAAAUCAAAUGAGUGAGUCUGGAGCAUCACAUCUAAUUUAAGAGAGAAAGGAGACCAGUCAUACUUACAUGUCACCACAGGAGACUUCUAGUGAGAAAUCUUAUGUGUAAACAAAGUGCACUCAUCUUUGGUCUACUUCAGAAUACAACAAAUAACAUGCUUACAUAAUAACUAAAAUUUCUCAUAUUGUCAGUGUACUUUUCACAAGCCAUUACUAAGUUAUGAGUAAGUCAUUCUUGAAUAUAUAGUAUGCAAAUGAAAUUUAUUUAUCCAGGAAUAUAAAUUAUUUAUGAUUGGUAUAACAGCACUCAUUUUCUUCCUCCAGAUUUCUGGUUUUGGUAUUCCUCACUUCAAAAUAUUGAGUAUUAAUGACCUACAGGUUUGUUUCUUCUUUGUUUUGACAAAAGAUCUAAAACUGCCUCUGCCUCCCCGUUUCCAUUAGUCUUAGAAGAUCCCAAGCUUUUUGGCUUUACAUUUAAAAAGGCAGCAAAUAUUCAACUGCUAGAAGACUUAUCAUGGAGUCAUGGAGCCAGUGAGGCUUUGACAAGUCACAACUCAAACACAAAGCCCAGAUAAGGAAAUCAAGACCCAGAUGAAAUGUCUGGUAUUUCCCAUGGCAAGAACCAAUCAAGACAUAAUGAAACAAAAUACACUUAAAGCUCAUUACUUAAUGUUGUACUCCAAAGAGAACUCUGGGGCUUAACAUUACCAAAAAAAUUAACUUUACCACAAAAACUACCAUGAAAAGUAUGGCUGGGGGGGUGGAGUACAUGUUCAGAAAACUUUUUAUUAGUAAACCUUAGCAUUAACUGCAGUUGCAGGGCAUGUAUGUGUAUGCAUUUGCACUUUAAGGACAAUUUUAGUAUGUAACUAAACCUUAUUAAUUCUGUAGUAUAAAAGGUAUUAAUAAGGGUUUAUUAUAUAAAAUUACUAUAUGUCUAAUAUACUAGUGUCUUACACUAAUGUCAUAUUACUAAUGUCUUACACUCUGGCAACAUGAAUUUAGGUGACAUAAAUGAAUAAGUGGUGCCUUUGUCUAGCUUCAAACACAUCAAAGUGCUUGAUGAAAUAUAUCCCAAAAACAAAUUGUCAGAAAUGUUGCCAAACAUUGAAAAAGGAAGGAAACCCCCAAGGUACUAGAAUAAAAGAACAGCAAGCCAGAGCAGAAUGUAUUCCCAGUAGACUUUGAGUUAGACUAUCGUCACAAUUAGUUUGAAUAAGUAUCUUACCGUCUUCAGCUCCAAGAUGCCAGAAUUUCUUAUUCAGGAGAAUUUAAACACUGUAUAUGCAUACAAGACAACUCCAUAGUAAGGAAUUUAUGAUAUGUAAACACAAAACCUCACUGUAAUGAAGUACUUUGAUACCUUGUAUCAAAGGCAGAACCUGUCUUCCUAGGGGUCCUUGAAUUGAGGGCAUGAAACCUGCAAAAGGGUAUUAUUAAAGAAUAAAUUCCUAUUGUCUAAAAUCAGUGAGAUUCCAUGAUUUAUCUUUACAGCAAAACCUCAAUAUUUUUUUGCAAUAUUCUGUUUAUUCCCCUUCAGUCAAAUGUGUUCUCAACCACAUAUUCCUUUUUUUACAAUGGUUGGUUAAAAAAAAUCUAGGGAAAGGAUCUGUAAAUGAUUUCAAAGAUUUUCUAUCACCUCUUUGAGACAGUCAGUCAUGGGGAAGGUUUUCCUAUACUCCAGUUAUGUUAAUGAGGAUUCAAACCACCAUGUAAAACGAGGUUUCUCUCCUGCUUAACUGGCACAGAUGAGCACCAGAUCAAAUUUAGAAAUCAUUUAAAUACUCAUACAGCAAGAUGCUUAACAUAUUACAUACAGAGGGACUGGCCUCGCAAAAACUAGCAGAUUUACAUCUGUAAGAUUAAGAGAGCAGCAUGAUGGAAACAGUCCUAUUUUGAUAGUGAAUAAUCAAAAGAGCUAUAAAAUGAAAAGAUAGAACAAAUUUGUGGUGCAGAACCUUGACUUGUCAGUUCAAGGCUGUGUCCAUUCCCCAAUGUAGAAAAACCAAAAACCUCAACAAAACUUACAAAUGGGGUAUUCUGAUUUAAUAAAAAUACUUUUAAUGAAACUAUUAAUCUAAAACUGUUGUAGUUUAAAAUUUAUUCAAAAAAUAUUUAGCAUAGACCAUGUGCCCUUGUGGUAUCAGGUAACAAAGACCCUUGCCUUCACUGUACUCUAAUAAAGUAGAACAGACAAUUGUUAAUAGAAAAAAAGAAACAGGGUAAGGAGAACAGGAUAUCAUAUUGCAGUUUUUAAGAGUGGUCAGGGCAGACCUGACUGAAAUAACAUUUGAGCAAAAACUCAAAAGUGGUGUUAGAGUUAAUUACCCAUAAAAUUUUAUGGGAGAACACUCUAGGCGAGAACAGCAGCAGGAACAAAGAUCCUAAGGCAGAAGUAUGCCAGCCACGUUGGAGGAACAGCACAGAUGGCCAGUGUAGGUAAGGUAAAGCAGCAUGAGUAAAAGUAAUUCAAUAAAAAUGGAAUGAGGUAUGCUGGAGCAUAGGUUAAUAUAGUACUCUGAAAACAAUUGUAAUGUCUCUUUCUUAGGUAGGAAGCAGUCUAAAACUUAGAUCUUUAAAUGAUCACUCUGGCUAUUUUGAGAAUAGAAUGAGGUGGGCAAGAGGCACAAAAGAAGUGAAACAAAAACCAGUUCCACUGAAAAUAAUCUAGGCAAACUUUGUCUUGGACUAGGGUAACAGCAGUGUAGUUGAUGCUUUAAAUGAACCAAUAUUAUUAAAUGGAUGUGAGAGUUAGACUUUAGCUUAAAAAAAAAAAAAACUGGUAUGGCAUUGCUAUUACAAUUGGGGGUUUGCUGUGAUUUGGCUGUUUUCCCCCAAAGGCCCAUAUGUUAAAAGGUUAGUUCUCAGGAUGGUGCUAUUGGAAGGGUGGAACCUUUAAAACUAAGUCCUACCCUUAGGUUGUUGGAGUAUAUCCUAACCACUCCUCUUUAACCUUUUGCUUACUGGAUGAUGAGGUAAGCAGUUAUGCUCCAUUGUGCACCUCUUGACAUGUGUUACCUCACUACAGGCCUAAAGUAGUAAGGACAAUUGACUAUGGACCGGAACCUUUAAAACCGUGGGACCUUUAUAAGUUAAUUAUCUCAAGUAUUUUAUUGUACUGACAGAAAGGUAAUAAACAGGGGUGUUUGGAAGGAGUUUGGGCUUGGGAAUAAAUCUUGAGAUAUCUUGUUAGGUAUCCAAAUAGAGAUGUCACAUCGAGAGGUGAAUAUAAUCUGGUGUCAUUAUAAUAAAGAUGAGUUUACCAAAAUGAGAAUGAAAAGAAGGAAGGAGCCCAAGUUCAAGCUCUGGGGCAUGCCUGUGUAGUAUUAAAGUUCAGGGAAAUGAAGACUGGACCAGCAGCAAAAGAUUCAGACUCAGAACAGCAGUGGAACUAAGGCAAGUGUAGCAACUUGGAAGGUAACUGGAAUUUCAAGGCCAAAUGCUAUUUGUUGAUUGGAUUUAACAAUGCAGAAAUCUUUGUGGUGACUUUACAAAUAAGAGUAAUGGACUAGUGAAGACAAAGCCCGAGAGGCAUCACCUGUCAGAUGAACUGAUAAUCAAGUACCCAAACUUAACACUGAUCCUGGAAAGGCCAUGCAUUGUAUGUUAUAAAUGGAAGCCAUAGCAUCACUUUGCAGUCUUACACAAAAGGUUUAGCCCGAAAAUUGUAACAGUUUUAGACUUACAUUGUACAAUCAGUUUAAAAGGAUAGAAAGGUUGCAUUCAUGAUAAAAUAAUUCAACAAGACAACAGACCUAGAAAAUUAGUAUCCUAACUGAAUCCCAAAGGGCAAGACGACUGAAAAAUAAAACACUGUGAUAAAUCUGACUAUGGAUUUCAUGAUAAAUUUAAGGAAGUAUUUUAAGUGGGGUAAUGGUACUGAGGUUAUUUUAAGUACAUUAAACAUUUUAACGUGUAUGACUAUCUUUGAAAUAGUUAAUAGUCUUAUGUACAUAUAAACAUGGCAAAACUAAAACUUCAAUUGAAGUGGGUCAUUAUUCUUUCAAUUUGGAGGGAAUAAAUUGGAGGCUGUAUACACAAGGGGGAGGGAUGAUUUUAACUGGCAUCUUACCUAACAUUGAAGGCCAGAGAUGUGGUUAAACACACUGCAAUGCACAGAUACAACUCCCACAACAAAUCAUGAUCUGUGCCAAAGUGCUAGCUAAUAGUGCCAAGACUGAGAAUCAGGUCAGGUAGAUCUAUCCACUUUAUGGCCACCCUAUGCUAUAUAACCAAUGUUUCUCAAACACUAAUGGAUUUAAGAUUACCUUGGGGAUUUUGUGAAAAGCCUACACCACUUUUGGGGCUUGAUUUAAAAGUUAACUGAAAUAUAAUUUCUUCCACUAAUUGGGUCAGGUAUUUAAGUUCCAGACCAUUUAGGAUUGGUGAAAAGAGUAGAAAUAUGGUAUAUUAGAAUUCAACAGAAGAGUUCAAUUAAGGUUUCCUCCCCACCCCCGCUUCAUUAUAUUAUGUUUGGCAACCAUGCAUGGAAAGUGAGUUACAUUUGCGGAAUCAUGCUUUCAGCUUUGUUUUUUCCUUUUGAAAAAAACAAAAACUGGAUUCUAUUGGUAUCUGAGAUAAAAACUCUACAGCUGUUAGAAGUAUA